AACCCGGAAGCAAACCAGUUUCCGGCUGCCGUGUUUUCGUCUAAUCUGCCGUAAAGCGGAGGAAGGUUAAAGCGACUCGGAGAAAACGUUAAACACGUUUUUAAACGGCUCCUCUUCUGCCAGCAGCACCAUGCCGUUUGUUGACGUCCAAUCACGGCUCGGCAUCAACGUGGACCGCUGGCUGCUGGCGCAGAGUGGAGAGCAGCCACACAAGCGGGCGGCGCGUUGCCACGCCUUCGAGAAAGAGUGGAUCGAAUGCUCCCAUGGCAUCGGCCAGACCCGAGCCAAGAAGGAGUGCCAGGUGGAGUUUGAGGAUUUCUACGAGUGCAUGCACAGGCAGAAGACGCAUCAGAGGCUGUACCAGAUCCGCCAGCAGCGUGACAAGUUGAUAAAGGAGGGCAAGUACACCCCACCGAGCCACCACUCCGGCACCCCCGACCAGUCCCCAUGAAGGAGCCGAUCUCACCUCCGUCUCUCUGUAUAGCCUCUCAGAUAUUUCCUGUUCCGCUGUGGAAGUUUGAAAAUAAACGCUAACAUCCACCGUG